GCUGUCACUUUUGUUGUGAAAAUAAUAUUAUAAACAUCGUAGUUUUUCUCGUUGGUUGCAGUUUUUUUCUACCACAAAAAAUUGUAAUUUUUCACCAGUGACCAGUGCACGCCUAGUACAAUGUUUUCGUUUUUCAAGAGCAAAAAACCUAGCCCGGAUCACACUCCGGUUGAGCACAUCCCAGGCCCCAUCCCUCCGGCGCCCAAAGAGGACGACUUCAUUUUCGUCGAACGCAAGGGGGGAUCGACUCCGUCGCCUUCUAACUCGGGCAGAGCCCUGAACGAUUCCUCACCUUCCCGGGGAGGUAGUCUGUAUCCAAACAUCCCCGUAGCAGGGGUUCCCGCUGCUGCACCGGUUCACCAGCGGCAGCAAAGCGAGGAAAAAGCUGGCCAUCACGUCCUGCACGGGGUACCGUUCAAGCUUUCACCGGAAUUGGCCAAGGACAGCAGCCACUGGGAGGUGACACAGUAUCAUGCGAAUGAAACUCUGUCGUUUAUCACCAAAUCGGCCGCCGUACGGGUGGAGUAUGAUUUUAGCCUGGAGCGGGGUGUUCUUUACGAUGGAUAAGACGGGUCUAGGAUAUGCUAUCAACCAAGGCGGAAUUGGGAGGCUCAAACUGAGAGGGUGGGGAGUGGAUAUUGCAUCAGCUUUAUUGUGCAAUUGCACUGGUAAGAUGUAAUUUAGGUAAUGCAAAUUUAUAUUUUUGGAAGAGAUUGGAGAGAGAAAUCGUUUAGGAAAGGAUUCUACAGCACGGAAGCUGACAGCGAUUGCGUACUGUGUUCGAACAACUAUAUAAAGCUUUAGCAGGCCAUAUUGUAUAUGAACGUGAUUAGUUAAGUUAUAACAAAUAAAAAAAUAGUGUAGCACUCGAAA